CCUUGUCUCACCAACGUCGCAGCGCCGUGGCCCUCUGAGCCCUCUCUCGUCUUCUUCCCCACCCCACCAGUGACCCACGCGUUCCUCAGAUCAGAUCGGCAAGGCCAAUCCGAAAUCUCGAGCUUUCGCGCCGGCGACCACAGCAAAGAGGAGGCCACAGCACGACAGCGCCCCAGGGUUCCUACUCUCGUCGCAGCGGCAGCAGUGAGGGGAAGAUGUCGUCGGUGUUCAGCGGCGAUGAGACCGCCCCCUUCUUCGGCUUCCUUGGCGCCGCCGCCGCUCUCGUUUUCUCAUGCAUGGGGGCGGCGUACGGGACGGCCAAGAGUGGCGUCGGCGUGGCGUCCAUGGGUGUCAUGCGCCCAGAGCUCGUCAUGAAGUCCAUCGUGCCCGUGGUCAUGGCUGGUGUGCUCGGUAUCUACGGCCUCAUCAUCGCCGUCAUCAUCAGCACUGGGAUCAACCCCAAGGCCAAGCCAUACUACCUCUUUGACGGCUAUGCCCACCUGUCGUCCGGCCUUGCCUGUGGUCUUGCUGGGCUUGCUGCAGGCAUGGCCAUUGGCAUCGUUGGUGAUGCUGGUGUCAGGGCGAACGCUCAGCAGCCAAAGCUGUUUGUGGGCAUGAUCCUCAUCCUCAUCUUCGCUGAAGCGCUCGCCCUAUACGGUCUCAUCGUCGGCAUCAUCCUCUCAUCCCGCGCCGGCCAGUCUCGUGCGGACUAGGCACGUUCCACAUGUCUCCGCCACCUGGUCGUAACCGGGUCGUGUUUUGUAUCGGUGAUGAGCCGACAAGCUGGAGCACUUAAUUUUUUUUAUGCUGUCUAGUUUUUUGAACUUGCGUUGAGUCGAGAAAACAAAAUAGAACUUGGGUAGCCGAGGGGGUGACCUUUUUUCCCUUGUGCCAUUCUUUUCCCUGUCGUGGUGGGUGGUGGGCUGUGGCUGAUGCUUCUUUCUGCACACUUUUUUUUGCUUGGGCUCGGGGCGUUGGUGUAAUUUGGUGAAUAAGCGAGUGCGUCCAGUGCAAUGGGAGCUCAGGACUCUUCUGU